AUGCUCUCAGCCCUCAAGAACUGCUGGCUUCGGCCUCUUGGCCUGACUCGCCGAACAGCUGAUAGCUGUAGCCAGGCGAUUCUAUGCCGACGACUGCUCUCAACCUCUGCCCCGGUUCGUCAAGACCCCCAUCCCACAUCGCCCUCUUCGCUGGCGACCGGAACCCCCGCAUCCCAUGGAGCGCCUACCCCGAACUGGACCGAGAUGUUCAGCGGCGUGGUGGACAAAAUUAACAAGAAGCAGUUAACCCCAGAAGAAAGAUGGCAGAAGAGCCACGAUCGCGACGUGCCCAUGUUACCUCCUGUAGCAGAUCCCUGGGCCGGUCGAACUAUCUUGGUUCGCGAAGGAAAACUCGAUUAUGCUUUGUCGAUGCUCCAGAAGCAGCUUUCUGCGAACAAGGUCCCUCAAACUUCGUACUACCAACGACGACACGAGCAAGCAGGCGAGAGAAGGCGAAGGUUGAAGAGGGAGAAGUGGAGACGAAUGUUCGCCCAUGAAGUGAGAGAGAAGGUAGCAUUGGUGCAGAAGAUCCGAAAGCGAGGCGGUUAGGGUCGCCUGUACGACGCGGCCUCCCUCGUUUGCUUACAUUCCGAGGUCGGGCCAGCUUGUGCUCCUGCCACGUUCGACGCGGAGUAUCCUGCAUUCGGCCAACUUUCGGCUAUUUCAUUUUACACAACUCGCUGGGGCCUUUGCGGCAUGCAAAUGGGCCUGGCUUCUUUAAUAAUGCACUAAUGGCGAACCAUCUCACCCCGUAUAUGGUGCUCUCCGUGGAUCUCCAUCAAACCCGGUCCUUUGACCUCCCUCCCAAGGACCCUACUGUCGCUUGAAACCUCAAUCCUCAUUGCGCGGAUCUAGGUCACCCUGUCUGAUGGGCGGGCUUGAAACAUUAUCUUAUGUUCGG